AACCAGCCCGUUACAUUUUGUCUUUUUUUUUUCUUGCGGCACAUGGUCUGCUAAUGAGGCAAUGUACGUACGGUACGGUGCGGUACGGUCUACGUCCGUUGAUGUAUACAUGAACGUAUGUUGAUGGUAUCGUCUGCGCGCUGCAUGUAUGUCGGAGCUGACUCAACUCGGUCUUCACCAGAUCUCGACUAGCACUAGCUGAAAGGGGAGGAAAUUUGGCAGUUGCUCUCUGUGUCAUAGCAAAAGGAGCUACCGAGCAUGGGGGACAUCGGGAAUCGAGAGGACUUGGUCUAUAUGGCCAAGCUAGCUGAGCAGGCUGAGAGAUAUGAUGAAAUGGUGGAUUACAUGAAGAAGGUGGCAGAGCUGAGUGAAGAACUGAGCGUUGAGGAGAGGAACCUGCUGUCGGUGGCCUACAAAAACAAGAUUGGCGCCAGGAGAGCAUCUUGGAGGAUAGCAAGUAGCCUGGAGCUGUCGGAGGAGAAGAAAGACCCCAACUCAACCAAACUUACUCUGAUGAAGGAGUACAGAGAAGAGAUUGAGAAAGAGCUUUCAGAUGUAUGCACAGAUGUCCUGCUUGUGAUCGACAAAUAUCUCAUUCCAUCAGCCAGCAAUUCUGGUGACGAGCCACAGGUUUUCUAUUACAAAAUGAAGGGCGAUUACCACAGAUACCUAGCCGAAUAUGCUGUUGGCAACACAAGGAAGGAGGCGGCAGAGAACAGCCUAGUGGCGUACAAAGCAGCCAGUGAGAUCGCCAACAAUCUGGAACCGACCAACCCCAUCCGGCUGGGGCUGGCGCUCAACUUCUCGGUGUUCUACUACGAGAUCCUGAACUCGCCGGGGAGGGCCUGCAGAUUGGCCCGGAUGGCUUUUGAUAAUGCCAUCGCCGAGCUGGACACGCUUAAUGAGGACAGCUAUAAAGAUUCCACCUUGAUUAUGCAGUUGCUACGAGACAACCUAACGCUGUGGACAAAUGACGCAGCAGCAGAAGAAGCAGACAGGAAGAAUGACCCAGCGGUACAAGAUUGCCAACAAACACUGGAAGCUGCCUCCUAGGACCCCUUGCUGAUCAACCCUGCUCGCCUGCAAGAGUUCUUAUCCCCCCCUUCCUCCUUUCAGCUACUAUAAGGACAGAUGCCAGUCUAGGAAGCCAACCUCAUUUCCAGGGGCAAGGACCUUCCCGCUGCAUCAAGAUCGGCCUCAGAGCUACAAUGUAGAUAAUGGGAAGGAAAUUGCAUGUUGAUAGUGGCAUUUAAAAUUCAGACUGGUUAAUCUGUCUUCUCUUCUCAUAUUCCCCUUGCGACCCAUGCAUACAACAAAUACAUAAAUGUAAUAGUCCUCAUUAUAGAUAAUCAUGUAAUGUAGUUCCUGUAGUCCAAUUAGCAGCUGGAACACUGUCCAAGGAUUCUCUGUCAGCCUUGGUAUCAGUGUGUUGGUUAUAAUUGAAGACCCCAUCACCUUCAUUAUGCUAAUCCCAGGGGUGAGAUUUGUCAGGAUUUUUCCAGAUUUCAGGAUUUUUCAAGCAAUCUGUUUUAAACUCUGGAAAAUCCUGAGUUUACUUUCAUGGUGUGUUUACAUGUAACCUUUGAUAUUGAACACAAGACGGAUAUUUUAACCCUAACCCCCUCAGCAUUUUUUCUAGAAGGCUGACUCAACUUGUCAAAUUCCAACACCCUUUCACUGCUGGGCCGGGGGUAUACAGGUAUGUACUCAACCCAGCGGAUUCCAACAGUCCAUUUGCUGUAGCAGUACUCAGCCCAACAAACUCCAACCAUAGAGCAAAGACCAGGGUACUCCAACAGGCAGUAAACUGUUGGGUUUUGGGCUGAGUGGAGAUACUUGGUCAUACACUACGUAUAAGGAACUGGAACACUGUGUACUCAUGCCUUCAAGAUCCAACAACUGCAGGGCUAUACACAAUUUUAUUUGGUUGGGGGGAGGGCUCAGGUUUCCUUGUUUUUAUCUUUGAAUUCUCUUUAAAAAAAGCAAGGUUACCAAAUACUGUAGAGACUUGAGUCAUUCUAUUCCUUAAGUACAGGUACAGUACAUGACUAAAUGACCCCCUUUGCUUACAGGCGCACCCAUACCAGCAGCAUUAUUCAUCACACACCCAGCAGCAGGUACUGGGUAUUACCAACUAUACCCACUCAGUCCAAACCCAUCACUGCUACUGCAUCUGUACAGUACUCCUCCUGUCAUAAUCUAACACUUUGUGUAGUAAGUUUCGUGUGUACACAGAACUCAACCCAUCAAAUUUCAACAAUCUCUGUUGUAGUAAAUUGAUGGGAUGGAGAACAUUAGGGUUAAGGGAUGUCUGUUGGUAAACGUAGACCCUACGCUGCUGUGGAGCCAUGAUCAAACCCACUGGUAGUCAUUCCAUGGGUAUUUCAUUUUCGUCCAAUCUCACCCCUGUAAUCUUCAUUAGCCUAGGUCGCAGAUUACUAGAAGACAUUCAGGUGAACCUCUCAAGUAAGUAAUGAAACACAAACCCAUCCAAGUGCGGGUCCGCUCCAUUGGCAGUCUGGCAAUCAGCCCUCCAGUCAAUUUCAAGUAGAACAGGCCAUGUGAAACUGUAGAAUACAUAUUUAAUUAUCCGCGCACACUCUCUCGCAAAGUUUGAAUUGAGCCAUUAUGUAGACAGGCAUGCUCAGUGUUGGAUGACACAUGCUCCAUCCCUUCUCGCUAUUUUUAUGACUGCCCAAAGACAACGUGUUCACACAAUAAGGAUGACUGUUAAAACUUACGAGGCAGUGGAAUUUUAAUGAACACUUCAUAGUCAGUGCUGUGUGAGUGCUUUUGUGGAAAAAUGUGGACUUUCUUGGGUGGGACUCGAACCCACAACAUCCCACUUGCUAAUGGAAGCAUCCUUACCACUUAAAAGCUAACUUUGUGGAUUUAUUUUCCUCACAAACUUUUCGCUAGUGCUGAUGAUGCAGCACUUGUUAAAUACCCUGUGUUGAAACUUUUUUGCAAUUUAGUUUUUUUUUUAGCAAUUCCUGAUUGUGUAUUCUCAGUCAAAAUUCGUUCAUAUUCCUGUGAAAGGCUCGUUAUGUACUCAGAGGAAAAACAAUGCCUCUCGUAGAUUGUCCCACACUGCACUUCUGAGAGAUCGCUUAGAUAUCAGCCUCUUUUUUAUCUUGCUUUUACCCGUUCAGAUUAAGACAAAAGAAGAACUGCAUAGAGUAGGCAGUUUAUCUGAAAUAAGGGAAACUAAACGUACAAAAGGAUUGGGUAGGAAGAAUUUUUAUGAAUUGGUUUUGUUAACGUACUAGGCAGUUUGUUUUAUCUGAAAUAAGGAAAAACAAGAAUAUGUACAAUUGGAUGAGAUGUGUGUUUCUAAGUUGGUUGUAGGAAUGUACUUUGGCAGCAUGAUUGAUCUGAAAUAAGGAAAAACAAACAGACUUGUGAUUCUACAGGUUGGUUUUUGUGGCCCAUUUUUUAGAUCUGCAUUUAUUAAGGGUUAUUUUGACCUCAAUUCUGCAAGCUAGUGAUUGGAUGGUUUGUCAGUUGAUUUUUAAGUUUGUCAGUUGAUUUUUAAAGAGAGAAAAUCCUGGAGAUGUAUUUAAAAUAUUUGCUGUUCAGCAUAUCAGACCAUUUACCUCAUGUACGAUUGAGUGUUGUUUUUGAAAGUGAAUUUGCAAUGAUUUCAAGUAUUGAUGCAUGUGAUCGUUAAUGUGUAAAUCCAGCCAGACACAGCGCUUUAUGGUUUGAAGUUUUGAACAAUUUGUUUAUCUUGACUGUAGUUAGUAGAUCUCAAUCAAUCCUGUUUCUGCAGGAACCACCCAGCAGGGUUUGGUCAGGAGCAAUUUUUUUAAAACAAAUUCCAGACUGUUCGUUGAGCAAUAGGUUUGUAAAGUGAGCCUUUGGAACCUUGUGUCCACUGGUAGAGUUCUAGAACAGUAGUUGUUCAGGGAAGGUUGGUCAUGCAAUUCAUCAAGGGCAGAGAGUUAUGUUUUAAUUGUCUAGAUUGCAUCAAAUCUUUGAUUUAAGAAAAGGAUUGAGUUAAAGUCCAUUCCACUGCCAAGUGGCUAAGUUUGUUACUCGUAAGAUCAUGAGAUGAGUUUGGGUUUUAUUGUAUAAUAAGCAGUGUCGUGUUUGAGUCCAUCACAGGUCCCUUCACAAGCCCAAAGAUGCUCCAAAGAUGUUCCAAACUUUUUUCAAGUUACACGUAUACGUUCAUGUAUUGUCUAACCUGCACCCAAAGCAUACACAGGCCAAAGAAAUUGUACACGACCUAUGGAACAUUGUUUGCUGCGUUGAAAGACUGGUAGGAGUCAUCAGAUUGAACAAGCUGAUGAGAAAAAAGGCCAUGCGACUUCCUGCUGGACAAAUGCGGAUGUGGCUUUCUUUGGUGUUUUUGCCUCACUGUUGAACCUCAAUCAUUGAGUGAAAAUGUGGAAAAAUCCCCACACUGAUCUGAGCAUACAUAUGCACUGUGUAAUAACUUUAGCGUGUUAAUGAUAUCCUUUGUUACAAUUUUCCUUUCUUUAUUUGCCCAAGAUAUUGGACUUGAGAAAUAUCUGUUCACUGGAGAAUCUUUUCUAUUUAUUCCACAUUGUUGAAGAACUGGUCUUGUUAUUUCUCUCAAAUGAAACACUAAUUACGUUCUUGCACAGUCCAGUGUACUUAAUGACUGGAGAAAUUAUUUGAAAAUUUUGUAUUUUGUGUGUAGAGUCUGGUUGGAAGUUGAUUGGUCUUACACUGGGUUAUAAAAGUUGCAUGCUCAUUGCAUGGUGUCAGUUUUACUUGUAUAAAACACAACCAACUGACAAUCAUCCAGGCUAGUGUUGUGCUUGUUGAGUAUUUGUUGCCAAAUAAGUCACCUGCCACACAAAAUUGUAUUUCUAAAGUAACAUAUUUCCUGAAGUAAAACCAAGUCAAAUUUAAAUGUAUACAUUUCUUUUAGACCAAACUAAUGGUAUAAAUUAUUUGUUGAAUGUUUUGCAUGCGUGCUGCUAUGGUAUACUGUAUGCUGCUAAUUACAUACAGUGCUGGAGUCAAAAUGAAAGUCAAAAAGCUACUUGAAAAAAAAUUGAAAAGAAAAAUAUAUAAAAAAAAAAAUAGCCGUACAUUUGCCAAGUGAUUCUAGACUUUUUUUAACAUUAUAUCAAACUUUCAUGGUGUAAACUGAUUACAAUUCAGUUUCCUAAUCCAAACAUUUGUGAAGAUAUGUAAACAAUUUAAGGUAUACACAUUAGCCGUAGAUACAUGUAAGUGUAGUUUUAAAAACAAAAGUAUACAUUUUUACUACUAGUGGUAUGCCUCAUAACCAGCCACGAAGUGUGCAACAUUCAUGGCCAGGAUUACUGCACGUCUGGUGUCCAGCAGUCUGCAAUUUGCUAAGUGUGAUUUCAAGGAUUUAGCAUGACACCUUUGGAUGUACUCAUUUUAGGGUUCAUUUCACAGGUGUGUACAUGUAUAUGAUUACUGAUGUGUCUGCCCAUUGUUAUAAAGUGCUGUGGCCUUCUGUGACCAGCAUGUCCACUCCUACAGUACCAAGCUGUGAAGCCAAGUUUUCUGGAUCACAUUGUUGCAAGUACCAGUAUCCACGCUUGGAUAAAGGAAGCACUGCUCAUAUGCAUCGUUUCUUCAUGUCAUGACAAUGUGGCCUCUAAGUAGUGUAGGCGAUCUUGUUUACCUUUGUGUCCUCAAUGUUGUCAAUGCAUUGCAGCUGGCCAGCUGUGGUCAAUAUUUAUUGCAUAAUUGGCAUUUGGUGUCAGGGAGUGUUUUGGCUCAUUACAACACAGGUGAGUUCAUGGUGGGAUUGGCAGAGUAAAAAGUACUGUAGUUGUCAUGGUAACCUUCUCUUCAUGUGGUUUUUGGAGUGAAUUACAUGUUGAAGAGAACUGUCUAAUGGGCAAAUAAACCAUGCUAGUCCAAACAUUUUCAACUAAGCCCACAUUUCUUCUGCCAAGUUAGUUCCACCAAGGCACUUGACUGAAAAUGAACAAUACUUAAGAGAUGCUGCUAGCAGUCAAUGAGAUAUGAGUUCCCAGGCAGUCCACAGCGCACUGAAGAGCUGUCUAUUUUGCGAGGAUUAUUAAAAGUAGACGUCUGUUGGUUGACCAUACAGAUGGUUAAUCUCAAUGAUCUGACUUAGAGGUCUUUGGGGGCAGUAACUUAUUGUAAUGCGGUUUAGUAGAGAGAGAGACACACAAAUCUCUUCUAUAUUGAGGCUAGGCAUUGGUGACUCGGUCUGCCAGCAGUGUUUAUAUGGGUGAGUGCUUUGAUCAUUUGAGCCAGUUGAGUGGUAAAAACUUGGUUACAAAUGAGUGCAACGGAAAGAAGAAUUCAAGGUUUAAGUAUGAGGUGGACAUGUUAAGGAGAUGUUUUAUUUGACGCAUGUUAGCCUACGUGAGGGUGUGCAUCAUUAAUCCGUAGUUUCAAUUUUUCCACAUUUUAUCUUUUUCAUCUUUAAAAAUGUUCAUGUGUUCAGUUGAAGGUAUCACCGUGCAUUAAUGUUUUCACAGUUAGUUAAAAUGUGUUUGGUUUUGAUCGUGACAUAUUUUGCCAGAAAAUGACGAGUAGAGUUCAUCAAUGGAUAUGUUGGUAGCAUGACAUUUGCAAGCUUGCAAGCAAGUUGGUUUUUUUAUUCCAUGGAAUAAUUGGAUAAUACUUAAUACCACAAAGAUUGUUAGUAUGCAGCAAUUAGCAUGAACAAAUCUUUUUGCGAGAAACAGGUGGACAGACUUGGCCAAACUUGAGCCCAAAACUACCUUGGGCCAGGUGUGGUAGUUUGUGCACUUUUUAUCUCACAGUGUAUUUGUUCACAAGAAAAACAAAAUGCUGGAGUUGUCCGUGUAUAUUGGCUAUGUCACGUGUUGAGUAUAGGUAGUGAAUUGUGGACAUACAUGUAUGAAACCAGUCAUGACCAAAGAUGCCGUUGCAUUGUACAAACAUUUGCUUUUCCAAUUAAAUUAAUGCAGUCGUGUGAAAUUGGACAGCUGUUUGCAAUCAACAUGUAGGAGAUUGUUCUAAUAUGGUUAGUGUCAGCUUAGACAAGUCUGAUUCUUUCCUUAUCAUAAAAUGAUAACGAUUUUUUUUAUUGCUAUAUUGAGAGAUUUGAAAUCAUAUGGCGCUCUGUGAGGUUUUUGUUGGGGGGGUGUUUUAUGGUCCCUAAGUGGAACAUGUUGCAGCUAAAAAAAACUUAAAUUGUGAUUGACGGAUGUCCAUAAAUCAUCUCCAAUGAUGGAUGGAACCAAGCCAGUGUAUAUUACUUCUAGCAUUGGUAUUACUGUCCAAAAUAUUUGUCUAUCUCAAAUCAAAAAGUUGGGCUAUGACUUCAUUUCACCCUUCCAGUGAGCUGUGGUUUUUAGAUGUUGAAAUCCCCAUCAGUAAACUUUUUUAUUUAGGUAUUCAUUUCAGGGGUUUUUGUGAUGCAAAAACUUCAUGCUGUGUUUGUUUAAAGGUUGAACAUUGUUUAGAAUCACUCUUGAUUGAAAAAUAAAUGGAUUAUAAUGAUCACCCUUGAAA